AUGAACGUGCUGCGGCAGACGCCUCGUGUCCAUGCAGCUCAUGGUCUCAACAUCAGUCGGACCAUCAACCGCAGACGGACCAUCGGCCACAGACGGACCAUCAACCGCAGAUGGACCAUUGACCGCAGAAGGACCAUCGGCCGCAGACGGACCAUCGACCGCAGACGGACCAUCGAUCGCAGAUGGACCAUUGACCUCAGACGGACCAUCGGCCGCAGACGGACCAUCGGCCGCAGACGGACCAUCGGCCGCAGACGGACCAUUGGCCCCAGACGGACCAUUGGCCGCAAACAGACCAUCGGCUCCACACAGACCAAUACUCAGUCGUGA